ACAUCCCCAUUCCUUUACGUGUGUUAUGAUUGUCUUUUCCAUGCCGAACUUAAGUGCUUCUGGACUUUGAUUUUUUGUUAAAUUAAUUAAUUGUCUGUGGUAGUGUUUUUUUGUUUUGCUAAUUCUUUCGUUUUUGAAUUACGGCUUCAGCAAAUUUCGGAAAUUCCUUGUGGUAUUUCCCCUCCUUGAAAUUGUUGCGGGCCAAGGUUACACACCUGUUGGGAUUACCAAUUUGUGUGCAUAGCAAUGCCCGCCACACAGUUUGAAAUCCAGUAACAACAUAUGUGGAUGAUACGGAUGAUUACAUCUAUCAAAAAAUCGGGACCCAACAUUUUUUGCGUAACGAGUUAGACUGAAGAAUAAGAUGUCGACUAAUGAAUUUAGUCGCUCUGGACUAUAUCGAGAUACUCCUCCUCCUCCUUAUGAAUCUCUACAACCGGUUUUGAACCAGCCAUCGCCUCAUAGAGGCACAUCAAGCGUUACAAAUACAGCUAGUCCCACGUUCCCUGUUACCUGCCUACCAGGACUUGAAAGCCUUCGUGGAGUCGACCAACUAACUAUAGAAAAGGAGCCAGUCGACUUUUGUUCUUGUUCGUGUGAACCCUUCUACACAUACAACGUGAAAAACAACUUGAAUCAACAGCUUUUUUCGAUUUCACCAGUGAACGUCGGCUGUGCGUCAUACGAUAUGCAACUUUUCGACAGUUUUGGAAACCCAAUAGUCCUCUUCCAACGAUGCCUAGAAUGUUGCUCUAGCUUAAGAAUUGAAAUCAUUCACACGCUUGGUACGAUCAUAGGUUGCGUCCAGAGGGAAGCCGGAUUUUUCAACACCGCUUUCGUUGUUGGAGACGCCCAUAACCAAGCUAUUUUCAAAGUGAAGAGAACAUCAUUUGAAUUUUUUUCAGGUAAUGUUGACUUCGGUAUCAAGUCGGCUGGUGGGUCUGUAGAAGUUGGAAAAAUUACUAGGGUGUGGACUGGUUGGAUGAGUGCGCAACACUUGUACAACAUUACUUUUCCAAGGGAUUUAGUGGCGGAAAUGAAGGUCGCUUUAUUGGGCGCUUGGUAUAUGAUUGAAGCAUCAUAUCAGGCUAGCCGUCGCAAUCAUGAUAGCUGAACCCAAGUUCCUGGAGCAAACUGAUAAUGUGAUAAAUGUGUUUCCGUGCUUCCGUAAACGUAGCUUUGCUUUUAAAUUUACUGUGACGAAUAUAUAUUUUGAUGUAAUUAAAAUACUCAUUUAAACAUUUAAAAAAAUAUUGUGUAUAUAUUUUUAAUAAAUACUUACGAUAUCUUAAAACAAA